UGGCAUAAUCCGCCCAAAGCCGCAUUGUUUUUUGCAGAACAUUCUGAUUUUACGCACCAAAACGGCCCUGUAACCCCAUGCAAAUUCAUAAUUUGGCACCACGGCAUAACUAAGCGUGUUUCCUAUCGUUUAAAGGAGCAGCAAGGCAUUGCAUUGUUGACAAUGUCCUUUUCAAUAAUUGAGUGACAGAGUGUAAUUGUGUCAGGCUGAUUAGAGUCCUCUGAGCGGACCGUUUAGAUUCCAGCCUUGAGAUUGUUUAGAAGCUCAACGGCGCUCUGCAUGCAAAGCAUAUAAUCUUGCCUUCCCUGCUAAAUAAGGGCCUUGAUGAGCUGCUAAGUGAGGGUCUGACCCGGGAUCCGAACCUAGUUUAACUAAUGUGUGCGAAUAACCUCCGUUCUCCAUACGAGUCGCUCCUGAGGUAAUCUAAGAUGCGUGUGCAGAUCAACAUUUUCAGAGCCUUGAAGGACAGUCGGUUUCAGCUGGUUAACUUCUCAGACAACGAGCUGCUGGUGUCGUUGUCCAACGUGUCACUCUCGGACGAGGGACGGUACGUGUGCCAGCUCUACACGGAUCCCCCGCAAGAAGCCUACGCAGACAUCACUGUGCUGGUUCCACCAGGCAACCCAAUCUUAGAAUCCCGCGAGGAAAUCGUGAGCGAGGGGAAUGAGACCGAGAUAACCUGCACCGCCAUGGGCAGCAAACCUGCUUCCACCAUCAAAUGGAUGAAAGGAGACCAACCACUGCAAGGUGAGGCGACUGUCGAGGAGUUAUACGACAGGAUGUUCACUGUCACCAGCCGGCUCAGGCUCACCGUCUCUAAGGAGGACGAUGGAGUGGCCGUCAUCUGCAUCAUUGACCACCCAGCCGUGAAGGACUUCCAGGCCCAGAAAUACCUGGAAGUGCAGUAUAAACCAGAAGUGGAGAUUGUGGUGGAAUUCCCUGAGGGUUUGACCAGAGAAGGGGAAAAUCUCGAGCUGACAUGCAAAGCUAAAGGAAAACCGCAGCCUCAUCAAAUUAACUGGCUCAAAGUGGAUGAUGAUUUCCCCUCCCACGCCGUGAUUACUGGCUCUGAUCUCUUCAUCGAAAACCUUAACAAGUCCUACAAUGGAACGUACCGCUGUGUGGCAUCUAACUUAGUGGGAGAAGCCUACGAUGAUUACAUCCUUUAUGUAUACGAUGUUCUCACCACAACCCCCCCACCCACCACUACCACCAUCAACGCUUUCCAAGAUUCAAGAGCAGAUGGAGCGCCACAGAAAAUUGAUCAUGCCGUCAUUGGUGGCAUUGUCGCAGUGGUUGUGUUCGCCAUGCUUUGUCUCCUGAUUGUUCUCGGACGAUAUUUUGCAAGACACAAAGGUACCUACUUUACCCACGAAGCCAAAGGAGCGGACGAUGCCGCGGACGCCGACACUGCCAUCAUCAACGCAGAGGGGGGACACAACAAUUCGGAUGACAAGAAGGAGUACUACAUUUAACUCUGACUAGACCUGCUAGUUUCCUGUGCUGAACAGCAAACUGUGGACUGCUGGGUUGGGAGGUAGGGGUUGUGGGAUUCAAUCAGGCUGGAUUCACACCUGUGCAGCUGAAGAGACGGUGAGGAGAAGGUGCUGCCAUCGAGACGGACGGGGUGUGGGAUGGCAGAGCACUAGGAGAGCUCAAUUUUAGACCGCUUCACCAUCCAACACCUCCUGCUGGGGCCGGUUUUGUUCAGUUUAAACAUUUGCUAAGAAUUUUGUGCCUUGUUCUGUUCUUACUGAAGUUCCCACUUUCAUCAGGACACCCACAAGCUACUGUCUCUCGAACAGUCUGAACCCACAGUUGUUUUGUUUUCGUUUCAUUUCGGUUUUAAUUGCCAGUACAUCUUCACGCUCUCUCUCACGCCAUUCUGUCUGCAGGUCUGAAAGAAAGCCACACACAAAGUUUCGAUGUAAGAUUCGGUCACAGAACGAUCGCUUGGGUUGUUUUCAUGGAUUGAUUCCAAGUAAUUUAUUUGGCAAAUUGCCUGUUGCUCUCCUUAGUCCCUUAGAGAAGAGAGAAACAUCUUUUGUUGUGGCCAACAACAUUCAGCAGCAGUAUUGUGUUGUUGCAUUAUUUAUUAGGUAUACUGUAUGUGAUUAUAAUCGGCUUGUGUUGAUAUUAGGGCUGUCAAUUGAACACAUUACUUCAGUGCCAUUAAAUAUAAAAAAUAGUCAAGUCAAUAAUGCCCCUGAUCUAUAUAUAAAUUUUGUCAAUGAUAUUACACAUUUUGUCUAAUCUAUUUAUUCAUUCAAAAUAAUAAUAAUAUUAUUAUUAUUGUUAGGCAUAAUCUUUUAAUGUUUUUAUAAAAAAAUAAAUAUCAAAACUGCAGCACUGUUUAUAUAUAUAUAUAUAUAUAUAUAUAUAUGAAAAAAUUGUAUUCAAAGUGCAAUGAACAUGCAAAAAAUAGAUCAUUUAUAGUUUAAGUAAUGUAACUCCCCAAAGAUGUAAUGAUAUUUAUUAAUUAAUUAAUUAAUUAAUUUAUGGGUUAAUAAUUAAAUUGACCCUGUUUACUCAUGUCAAGAUUUGUUUUUCAAAGUUUAACUACUCACAUGGUGCAUUAAAAUGUGGUGCUCAUGGCGUGAGGUGUCAAAAAAAAAAAAAAAAAAAAAAAAUUCCAUUUCAACAAAAUAUCACAGACUGAACAACCAGACAAGACAAGCUCUAAAAUGAUUUACUGUUGACUGUAGGCUGAUUGACUUAUAUUCAAUGAUAUGGAAAUGAAACAAACAGUAUAUUGUCCUCCUAUGCCUAAUUUGAAUUAAUUUGAUUAAUUCAUCAGCAUACGUUUAUAGUCGGUUUGAUUAAAACUUUUAAACGAUUGACAGCCCUAAUCGUUCCUUAGAUAUACUGUAUGUGAUUAUAAUCGGCUUGUGUUGAUAUUCAUUCCGGCUUGUAUCGCAUUAUCCAUAUACCAGCUUCACUCACAGACUAAUUUAUUGUAAUUAACGCCCAAGCAUUAAAAUUGAAUGCCAAAGCAAAGAAGAGCAGAUCGGCACCUGGCUCAGCUGUACAGGAAGGCCGUCACAAAGAUGUCCCCUUCUACGAAACACAACAUAUCUAUCAGAGUGUAAAAUAGCUUUCAUUUUUAGCUUGUUCUCAUUCAGUAGGCUCAGUAUGAGGUCGAGGUCAGUGAGUUUCUCCGAAUAUUGUUAGUGCUUCUGUGCGCUUCUCAUAGUGACAUAAAAAAAACUUUCGUACUAAAUGAAAUAGAUGGAGCCUGUAUGUUGUAAGCCAUACUCACAGUUGUGCCCUCCAACACAUUUCGGUUAGCAGCUCUUAUUCUCGAUUCCUUCAAUCCAGUUUAUGUGUAGAUGCCAGAUUGAAUGUAAUAACUCUACAAUAAUGCAAUAGUUUAUAAAAGUGAGUCCUGAAUGUUCUGUUUAUCUCAUCAAACAUGCUUUAUUUUCAGGUGAUGUAUGCGAGGGAGAAUUUUACCAGGGACACGUAUUACGUUUCCUCACUCCUAAGUGUAUUAUAAAUGUAUAGAACGUGAAAUUAUUACAUUAUCGUAGAGUUAGUAUAUAGUUGGUGAAAUAUUACGCUCAUAUCAGGCAUUGUUUCAUAUCUUUGGCCUUCAUUCAGCGUCCUAGACAGUUGGACAGAUGCGUAUUGUUUGUGAUUAACUACAUGGGGGCAUUUUGGAGUUAUGGUGAGAGUGCGGUUAACAUUGUAAAAUCCUUGUGACAAAAUUGUUUGGUCAUAGCGUUUACAUGAAUUUGUGUAUUAUCAAGUGUUAUUUUUUGUUUGUUUGUUUUUCUUAGUGUUAUUCCUGAGAUUAUCUGACAGGUGAGCAUUAUUUAGAUUUGAAACGCUAAUAAAUUAUGGUAUAUUCGUGCGAGGCUCUUGUAGCUAAUACCACUCUUUAUACUUGGUUAUAUGGAAAGAAACUUUCCUUUUGAUUGUCAUUGUGUGUUGUACAGAAUUUUGUGGUUUUAUACAGCAGCAGAUUUAUUUAAACAAAUCAUGUUCUGAACGCCUACAACACUAAACUGAUUGAGAACGAAGUAAAUGAAAGUUAAAUUAUGGCCCCUAAAAAAAAACUUUGGCCCCAAGUUCAUACAUUACUAUUCAAAAGUUGGGGGUUUAAAAGAUUUUAUUUCUUUCUUUUUAUAUAUACUAUUAUUCCACAAAUAUGACAUUGACAGUAAGUUACAGUAAAGACGUUUAUAAUGUUUAAAAAAUUAUAUUUCAAAUAAAUGCUGUUCUUUUCAACAGUCUAUUGAAAAAUUAAAAAUAUGCAUCAUAGUUUCCACAAAAAUGUUAAGCAUCUUCAAAACUGUUUUCAAAACUGAUAAUUAUAAGAAAUGUUUCUAAAGCACCAAAUCAUCAUAUUAGAAUGAUUUCUGAAGGAUCAUGUGACACUGAAGACUGCUGAAAAUUCAGCUUUGCCAUCACAGGAAUAAAUACAUUAUUUUAUUCAAAUACACACAGCUUUGGUAAACAUAACUUAUUUCAAAAACAUAAAAAAAUCUUACCAACCCCAAACUUUUGAACUGUAGUGUACAUAAAAAAAGAUCAAUAUGUGCAUCCAAUUGACAUUCCAAGCAUGUGAAUAAAAAAAAAUAAUUUAUAAAUAUAUACUAUAUCAUUUCGCUCAAUUAUCAUACUAUAAUUGUAAUGGCAUGAAGCUAUUUCCAACUUUCACAUGUCAAAUAUGGAGUGAGGGCUACAAAGAGUCAUAAGAUGGUGAGGGUUUCCACAGUGGAUCCACCAACCUAUACAGCCAGAUCACUCCUUUCCUUUCUUUUCUAAUGUUUACUUUAAUAUUUCCAAGUGAAAUGGUAAGUGAUCUAAAACUGCCCAAACCUGAAGAGAAAAUAAAAACAUGCACACACAAACAUACCUUCAGUGUAGGUUUGAUUCUGCCCUGUCUCAGGUCUGUCUAUGAAUUCAUUUUUUGCAUCUCAGGUAGAAUGCAAAAGUGAUGCCCCAUAUCUGAAAGAAAAGACUUUUAAGUUAUUAUCAAAAAAUCCUGCAGAAUAGAGCAUGUUCGACAUGUUUUAUCUGUACUUCAGAUGCUGUGCACUGUGUAAAUGUUCAUAUUACUUUGUAUAGAUAGGUCACAGCAGAUGACAGGUUUAUUUAAAGAAAAUAAAUCUAAGACGUGAAUCUUAGUGCAUACAUUUACAAUGCAUUUUCCAUUUUUAGACAACCUGUACCACCAGAGCCAUUCUUCAUUGUUUCCAUAGGUUUUAUGUCAGAUAUUUUCUCAUCUCUGUAGUUUGUAUUCCUGUGUAAUUAAAGUUAUUUACAUGUUCCCGAUUACACUUUGUAUUUGACCAUGAAAAUACAUUUUUACAGAAAUGGAGCAGUACUGUCUUAAUAAAAAGAGGUAUUA